ACGUUUUUGGAUUGCAAUAAUCUAACCUCAGUUUUUGGAUUGCUGAUAAUAAUAAAAAAAUUAAAUAUUAGAAUGGUAUCAGAAUUGAAAACACAGAAGGCAUUCGAUGACGCCGUAAAAGCAUCUAAUCUGUCCGUGGUACAUUUUCAAGCGGAAUGGGCAGAACAGUGUGCUCAAGUAAACGAAUUACUGGAAGCUUUGUCUUCCCAACAAGCCAAUUCACACGUUAAGUUCUAUUCUUGCCCCGCAGAAGAGCUUUCAGAAGUUUCCGUCAAGUAUAAUAUAGAAGCUGUACCAACAGUCAUACUAUUUCAGUCUGGUAAGAAUGUGGAAGUUAUAAAUGGGGCUGAUACUGUAAAAAUAGCAGAGGCAGUUAAGAAACAUAGUAGCGGUUCAGGUGAUAGUAAAAGUGAACCAUUAGAGGAAAGAUUAAAAGCACUGAUUAAUAAAUCUAAAGUUAUGUUGUUUAUGAAAGGAAAUAGGGAUGUACCAAGAUGUGGAUUCAGUAGGAAGAUUAUCGAUAUUUUGAAUAGUAUUAAUGCUUCAUAUGAAACAUUUGAUAUCCUCUCAGAUGAAGAAGUACGUCAAGGACUAAAGACUUAUUCUGAUUGGCCAACAUACCCACAAUUAUAUAUAAAUGGUGAGCUUGUAGGUGGUUUGGACAUUGUUAAAGAAAUGCUGGAAUCUGGUGAUUUGGCAGAAACCAUCUCAAGUGCAUAAAUUCCUUCACAAGUUAACAUAUUUAGUUAAUCUGUUCCCUUUCCAGUUUUUAAACAUGCGAGUAGAUUAUGUAAAAAACAGCUGACAUUCUUUCUAUUAAAUUAUUUAACUAUA